GUUGGUGUUUUGCUCGACAAAGAUGGACUUGCACACCUUUUUUUUAUACAAUUAAGCACAUCCAUAAGUGCUUUACUUAAUUGGAGCCUAAGUGUCCAGUGGUAGGGCAUUGCCUUGGAAGCCCAGGAGAUCACUUUCUGCUUAAUUUUUCCCAUCUGCCAAACAGGGAUUGAGAUGCUCUCCUCACUUCAUAAAUUACUUCCAAACCCAUGGAUGAAAAUGAUUUCUGAUUGCCAUGGCUGCAGUUGACAGUUUCUACCUCUUGUAUAGGGAGAUUGGUCGUUCCUGCAGUUGUUAUAUGGAGGCACUGGCUUUAGUUGGAGCCUGGUAUGUGGCCAGAAAAUGCUUCACUCUUGUGUGUGAUUCUUACAGCUUGAUCAGGUUGCAUUUCAUCCCCAAGCUGGUGAGCAGGGCUGAUUUUGUCAAGCAGUAUGGAAGAUGGGCUGUAGUCACUGGUAGCACAGCUGGCAUUGGAAAAGCCUAUGCUGAAGAACUGGCAAGCCGUGGCAUCAACAUUAUCUUAAUCAGCCGGAGCAAAGAGAAGCUGGAGGCCGUAGCUAAAGACAUAACCGAAACCUAUAAAGUUGAAACUGCUGUUAUAGUAGCAGAUUUCAGCAAAGGUCGUGAGAUUUACUCUUCCAUUAAGGAAGCCCUCAGAGACAAAGACAUUGGGAUUUUGGUGAAUAAUGUAGGAGUGUUUUAUACCUACCCGGAAUAUUUUACCAGGUUGUCUGAGGACAAACUAUGGGAAAUUGUCAAUGUAAAUAUUGCUGCCGCUAACAUGAUGGUGCAUAUAGUGCUGCCAGGGAUGGUACAGAGGAAAAGAGGUGCGAUUGUGAAUGUUUCUUCUGGAUCCUGCUGCAAACCCACACCACAGAUGGCAGCGUAUUCAGCCUCCAAGGCCUACUUGGACCACUUCAGUAGAGCACUACAUUACGAAUAUGCUUCAAAAGGAAUCUUUAUUCAGAGUUUAAUCCCAUUCUUCAUCUCCACAAACAUGACACAAUUUGGUGAUCGCAUUCUGUCAAACAAAUUUUUUUUUGUGCCUUCAGCUAAAGUAUAUGCACAUCAUGCUGUUUCCACGCUUGGGAUAUCCAGAAGGACUACAGGAUACUGGAUCCAUUCUAUUCAGUUUCUGCUUGUACAGUACAUGCCAGAAUGGUUCUGGGUUUGGGGAAUGCAGAUUCUCAACAGUGCGCUACGUCGGGACGCCUUAUCCCACAGAAUAUAUUAGGAAUAUCCUCUAGGAAAUAGCCAAUGUGCUAAACUACUGCAGUAACCUAAUUUGAGCAUUGGAAGAACUCUUUUAAAAAAAAAAAACAAAAAACAGUUUGCUAAUAUGUUUUCAUCACAAACAAUAUACGUACCAUAGUUACCAGAGAAGCCUGGAUCUGCCCCUCUCUUUGUACUACUGGGCCCAGAGCAAAAGCUGAGGACAUAACUGUUUUUUGUCGAGUUUAGUUCAGAUAGUUAAAUCUCUGAGUUUCUCGUGUAAUUGAAUGAGAGUGGGCGGUGUACUAAUCCUGCAUGGAAUUGACUGGUUAUGGAAAUCCUAAUAAUAUGAAUGGAAUUUAGAUAGCCCGGUGUUUUGCAGGAUUGGGCACUGGAAGAGUUGAAGGGGAUCCCAAAUCAUGUUGUGUUAUAAAGACAAUCUCAGAUUUUCAGUGGACUAUCUUGUGUUGGUUUUCCAAUCUUGUCAUUGCAGGUAUUACGUUGAAAAAUGUAUAAGGUUACUUUUCAAAACUGGGGAAAAGGUAGAAUGCAUUUAAGGCUUUUUAGUUAAUUAACUCUUUUGUUUGUGUGUGUUCUGUAUUGCUAUGAUAGAGCAGCAAUAAAGUUCAAAUAAAAAUGUUUGCUUGCUUUCCUAUACCAAGUGUGAAAGAUUUUGAUCCAAUUUUCAAGUGGAUACUCCAUUAAUAAUCUGUGAUGUCUGAAGAAUUUAAUCAGAUACUUAAACUAUUUUAAAAAGUCCAUGAUUUAAGGUGGAGUCUUUUGAGCUUUUUAAAAUAUAUUUAGGUCUUCUUUCUUCUGUAAGUGAAAACCCUAUGUAAUUUUGUAACAUUUGCUUUUAUGUAGCUAGUACUGUAGCAUUUUUUUUACUACUUUCUGUCCACCUUGUACCAUAUACUGUGGUGUUAAUACUCAUCACAAAAACUAAAUUUUCUGGGAGUCAAAUGUGCUAUUUUGUUGUUGUUGUCUACAUAUAAAUCCCAUGUUAAACCAGAAUCUGAAUUAUGCAUAGUAGAUUUAUCACUCAGUUUUCUAUGUAAUAUCAUUAGGAUUCUG